AAAUACUUUGAUGACUUUUGAUAAAGUAAAAUAUUAAACCUGAAGUCCAAACAGUUUUGUUUCACUUUGCCCACGGAAUGACCUGCCCAUUGAACGCGUCAGUACAAGUAGCAUUUUCCUUUUUCCGAGGUACAUCGAAUGCCGCAUUACCGUAAACCAAGUAGCUCAAGAGAGUUUAAAAAUUAAGUCAUAAUUAGUACUUUAUUCUGAAUUAUGUUUGUUCAUCGUCAAUAGGAUUAAUUUGCUGUUUUAAACCUUUGUUGGAUGCAACGUUUUUGAAGUCCAGCUACAUUAGCAAACGUGUCGAUAGUUUAAUGCUAACGUUGCUAACUUAGCUAACAAGUAAUCACGUCGUGAGCAGAAAGCGUGAUGUGACAACCUUCACUGUUGGAGCCAAGAAAAAAAAGGAUGAAGAAACGAAACUGGCCACAAAGUCGUCGCUACAGACGGUACAGAAACGACCGUGAAAGAUCUGCUGGCGACGAACAGUAUGGACUCAAUGAUGCUGGACCAUCACACAGAGCGUCUACCUGUACGUCAUCAUCAUCUUCAUCUACCAGCAGUGUAGCACCUGAGCUGCCAGGUUUCUACUUUGACCCGGAGAAGAACCGCUACUUCCGUCUGCUGCCUGGACACAACAACUGCAACCCACUGACCAUGGAGCAGCUGCGAGAGAAAGAACGAGAGAAAAAGAGACACAAGAUGCUGGCAGAAGAUGAGAACCCUAGAAAAAUAUCACCAAAACCAGGACUGAACACUUCUCUGCUGCUGCAGAAAAGACAUCUCGGGAUUCUGCCUGAGAAGUCCUAUUCCAGGCUCAUCCACGAGGUGAAAGUCAGUGGGAUGAGGCGACACAAACUGGAGAUUCAGAGCACGGACAGCAGCAACGACUCUAACACUGAUAACUUCAGGCUCAUAGUGGGAGACUCGGCGUGUGAGCGAGUGUUCACAGUGAACGACGUCUCUCAUGGCGGCUGCAAGUACGGCAUCAUGAACUUCAGCAGCAGCAGCCAGGGCUCUUUGUCAGUGGAAAUGUGCGAUAACCUCUACUUCACCAACCGCAAGGUGAACUCCAUCUGUUGGGCAUCCGUCAACUACCCCGACUCUCACGUUUUGUUGUGUCUGGUUGGCGCGGCCGACACCCCCGGCUGCGUUAGUUUACUGCCUGCUUCGCUCUUCAGCAACUCUAAUCAGGAUCAGCCCGGGAUGCUGUGUAGCUUUAAAAUAUCCACCGCCUGGUCUUGUGCUUGGUGCCUCAAUCCUCAGUUUGAUAAGACCUUCAGCACUGGCUUGUCCCGCAGAGUGAUUGUCAAAGAUGCAGAGACCGGGCGGACACAGGUCUACAACGUCGGCACAGAUGUUUUGGCUCAACAUUUCGCCCUCAGGGUUCCGGUCUUGUUUAACGGUUGUAGAUCGGGGGAGAUUUUCAGCAUGGACCUGCGGCAGCGCGGCCGCAGGGAUCACAGUUGGAAGGCCAAACGCUUCCAUCAGGAGUCAGCCGUCACCUCCGUGCGAGUCCUUCAGGACGAGAACUACCUGCUGGCUGCUGACAUGCUGGGCCAGAUCAAGCUGUGGGAUGUGCGAGUGACAAAGCCAGUUCAAGAGUACAAAGGGCAUCACAACGAGCACGCCUACCUUCCCCUCCACGUUAAUGAGCCUGAAGGUCUUCUGUUUGCAGUUGGUCAAGAUUGUUACACGAGGAUUUGGAGCCUGAAGGACGGUCACCUCCUCAGGACCAUCCCAUCGCCCCAUCCAGCUGCUAAUGACAUGAUCCCCAGUGUUGUCUUCUCCUCUAAUUUAGGUGGCUGCCGAGGGCUCCCUGGGCUGCUCAUGGCUGUCAAACACGACCUGUACUACUUCCCCUACAACACGGACUACCAGGAGAGCUCAAAAAGGGAUGACGGUUCAUCUUAAAAAAUAUACACUUUAUUUUGAUUUACUGGCUUGAUUGUAUCAUUUUAAAAGCUUUAGCUGGACGACGGCUACAUUUACAUGAAGAUGCUAACGUCCAGGUGCAAAUUAUCUUCUAAACAUGUGUCCUUGACCUCGGUGGACAUGUGAGAGCUAAGAAACAUGGGUUUUAGUCUACAUCAGAUAUGUUCUGACACCUUACAGAUUUGUGGUUAGCUUAUUAGUCCAAUCAGAUUGUUUGGGUGGUUAUGUCACAUUCAGUAUAAAAACCACGAUUAGAUCUCAGGGGUGUGUGAUUUUUAAUUUGUGCCAAAAGGAUGAGAAAAUGCUGUAUUAUUUCAGAAGUGUACUUAGUAACAACUUGACCGCAGACUUUUUGGGAAAAUUUAUGUUGAUUUAAUUUUAAAAAUCUAUUUAAGCAUUUAUAAUUGGUGAACCCUCAAUGAUAAUAAAUUUUUUUAGAAAAAAUAA